AGAAAGAGAACGCUGCCGGGACAGGGUUCCCCGCUGGAGGCCAUUUUUCCAUUGCUUCGGUAGCAGUGAUGAUGCGUUACCGGUCGUACAAUUACAUACAUAUAGUACCUGGUAUAUUAAGUGGUGCCUGCCAUUCCGAGUCUGGGAGCGUGCUGUCUUGAUAAGUCCAGACCAUUCUCCCCAAGAACCAGGUUCCCGGGUUGCCAACGAUGUGGCUCAGCAAUCUCGUCGGCAUCCUCGCCAUUGCGGCCCCUUGGGCUGAUGCCUUCCCGCUGGGCUCGUUCGGCCUUGCCUCGUGGGAUGUCGAGGGCUUCGCCAAAGACAAUCCCAUCGGAACCACCACGGGCGGCAAGGGCGGUGCAACGGUAACCGUUGACGACCCGGCCGACUUCCGGGCAGCCGUCAACGGCAAUCAGCCCAAGAUCAUCUACGUGAAGGGUGAGCUUAACCUCACGGCUCGAGCCAAAAUCGGCUCCAACAAGUCCGUCAUCGGCGUCGGCAGCACGGCCCACAUCACCGGCAGGGGCCUUGAUGUGGUCGACGCUACCAAUGUCAUUAUCCGGAACCUGAAGGUCAGCUUCAUCGAGGACAACGAUUGCAUCACCAUCCGCAACUCCACCCGGGUCUGGGUCGACCACAACGAGUUCACAUCCGACAUCACAAAGGGGCCGGAUUUCUUUGACGGCCAAGUCGACAUCAUCCGCGGCUCCGACUGGAUCACGGUAUCGUGGAACUACUUCCACGACCACUGGAAGUCGUCCCUCGUCGGCAACGACCCGACCUUCCGGGCCAUCGACGGCGGCCACCUGCAUGUCACAUACCAUCACAACUACUGGCGCAACGAGGGCACGCGUGGUCCCGCGGGCCGCUUCGGCCACCAGCACAUCUACAACAACCUCUACGUCGACUUCCUGCACCAGGCGAUCCACUCCCGGUCCGACAACCAGGUGCUUGUCGAGGGCAACGUGUUCCGCGGCAAGACGCGCGAGGCGCUGAGCUCGUACGGUCUGGUGAUCCCGGAAGACUCGCCAAAUACGUGCACGUGCGGUGACGAGGAGCUGGACGGAUAUGCCAAUCUCGGUGCUAAGAACGACUGGGGCCAGGCCACCGUCAACAUCACACAAGUCGGCAACUUCACCAAGGCGCCGUACAGGUUCAAGCUAACCCCACUGCCGCUGGUGGCGCCGCUUGUCAAGCUGGGAGCUGGCGUUGGCAAGAUUUGAUUACCGUCUUUCUUUCUUUAUUUGGGUUUGGUUCUAGGAAGCACUGUUAUCGUCAUUUCCGAGCAAACCAAGGCUCGUAAUAUGAUCCUAGCCACGGUAUUUAGAUGCGAAAUCCAAAAGCCUUAUCCAAUCCCCACGGCCCCUCCAGGGU